AUGUCCUCCUCCGAAAGCUCUUCUGGCAGUGCGCCUGUCCGUCCUGCUCCCUGGAAGUCUCUCGUUGCCGGCGGUGUAGCCGGCGGCGUUGAAGCCGCCAUCACCUACCCAUUCGAGUUCGCCAAAACCCGUCUCCAACUCGUCGACAAAUCCCAAGUCGGUUCGCGCAACCCUCUCACGCUCGUCAUCCGCGUCGCCAAAAAAGACGGCAUCUCGACGAUCUACACCGGCUGCUCGACAAUGGUCAUCGGCUGCACCGCCAAAGCGGCCGUGCGCUUCCUCGGCUUCGACUCGAUCAAGAAGCUGCUCGCGGACGAAGACGGCAAGCUUUCGGGGUCCAGAGGCGUGCUCGCUGGGUUUGGCGCGGGUAUUCUCGAGUCUGUCUUUGCGCUUACGCCGUUUGAGACUAUCAAGACCGCGCUGAUCGACGACGCGCAGCGCGCGAAACCCAGGUACCGCGGGUUCCUGCACGGAUCGUAUAUGAUCAUCAAAGAAGGCGGCGUCGGCGAAGUCUACAAGGGCCUAGUCCCCGUCACGCUGCGGCAGUCGUCCAACGCGGCCGUGCGCAUGGGCUCCUACUCUUUCCUCAAGCAAAAAGUGCAGGCGCUCGACGGCGGCGAUCCGAACAAGCCGCUGUCGGGAGCCAAGACGUUCCUUGUCGGCGCGAUCGCGGGCGUGAUUACCGUGUACACGACGAUGCCGUUCGACACGCUCAAGACGCGCAUGCAGUCGCUUGAGUCGAAGAAGGAGUAUCGUAGUACGCUGCACUGUGCGCAGAGACUGGUUAAGGAGGAAGGCGUGCUCACGUUCUGGAAGGGGACUACGCCGAGACUUGGGCGGCUGGUUUUGAGCGGUGGAAUCAUCUUUACGAUUUACGAGCAGAUCAUUGCUGUUUUAUAA